GUCCAACACACUUCUGAUUCUGAAAGACUCGGGAAGAAAUCAUGGUGCUUUCUGAGCAAGACAAAACCAACAUCAAGAAUGCCUGGGGGAAGAUUGGUGGCCAUGGUGCUGAAUAUGGCGCGGAGGCCCUAGAAAGGAUGUUCGCUGGCUUCCCCACCACCAAGACCUACUUCCCUCACUUUGAUGUGAGCCACGGCUCAUCCCAGGUCCAGGCUCAUGGCAAGAAGGUCGCUGAUGCGCUGACCAAGGCCGUAGGCCACCUGGAUGACCUGCCCGGUGCCCUGUCUGAUCUGAGCGACCUGCAUGCCCACAAGCUGCGUGUGGAUCCCGUUAACUUCAAGCUCCUGAGUCACUGCCUGCUGGUGACCCUGGCUAACCACCACCCUGCCGAUUUCACCCCCGGGAUGCACGCCUCUCUGGACAAAUUCUUUGCCACUGUGAGCACCGUGCUGACCUCCAAGUACCGUUAAGAGGCCUCCUGGGGCUUGCCCUCUGGCCACGCCCUUCUUCCCUCCCUUGCACCUGUACCUCUUGGUCUUUCAAUAAAGCCUGAGUAGGAAGAA